UUCAUUUUACAGGAGCUAAUUUCAAUGAGAAUGGCACUAGACCUAUAACUGAUGCUGAAGUGGAAAUACUACAACGAUUUGCUCAUUAUUCUAUCCUAGCAUUCGAUAAAUCAAUACAAGAUGUAGUGAAAUGGACUUUUAAAGACUGUAAAGACAUUUCUAAAGAUCCUAAAAACAUUGAAGUUAAACCCCAGACUAAAGAAAUUGUUAUCACCUUCCGAGGAUCAGAUUUUAAUGAUCCUACAAAUAUCAUAGCAGACAUGAGAUCAUUUAAUCUAGUUAAAUAUAAAUUUAAAGGUUACCAACCAUCAAGCUCUAACGAAGAUAUCCUUGUUAGUGAGGGAUUUUUUACCACUUGGCAAUUGUUUCAUUCAUCAAACCUUACGAACGAAUUAACUUCCUUAAUGAAAAAAUAUCCAAGCUUUAACGUUUCGGCAACUGGUCACAGUUUAGGUGGAGGAAAUGAAUUAUUUGCUAAUUAUGUUAAUAAAGAAUUGGAUUGUAUAUACCGUGUCGUUUCAGGAGGUGAUUUAUUUUCUAGGGUUCCUCCUCGUCCAAAAUGG